AUGGAAUCAAGUAAAGCCGGAGAUGCUUAUAUGAAGACUUCGUACCCGAAGGAGGGCAACUGGUCCACUGGGUUGUAUGAUUGCUUAGACGAUCGCUCCAAUUGCGUGAAGACUUUCUUUUGUCCAUGCAUCACUAUGGGGCAGAUUAUCGAAAUAAUUGAUAGAGGAACAACACCCAGUCAAAUUGGAUGUGGAAUAUACACUGCUCUCCACAUGGUCCACUGCACUUGGUUGUACACAAGCAAUUACCGGUCAAAAUUGAGGGCACUUUUCAACCUGCAAGAAGCACCUUGUGCAGAUUUUGUAGUACAUUGUUGCUGCUGCGUGUGUGGUAUUUGUCAAGAAUACAGAGAACUCAAGAAUCGUGGCGUUGAUCCCUCUAUAGGUUGGGAAGGAAAUGUUGAGAAGUGGAAAAGCGAAGGAAUUACCGUUCCGCCACUUUUUCCGGCCAACAUCACCCGUUAAGCCAACUCCUUUUUAUAUAUGGUCGACAUUUCAAUAUGAUCAACUACGAAUCUGCGACUAAACUAUGUAACUACUAUAUAUUCAUGAACUUUCUCAUGUUGAUUAAAUAUUAUGAUAUUUGUUGAGUUCGAUUGCUAGAUUGAGACACUGAACUCGCUAUGUGGUUUAAGUAUUGAAUGGUAAUGAUGAAAUGGAUUUGUUUGCAAGUGAA